AGAUUUUUAUUGUGCAUCUCAUUGACUCGAUGAUCUUUCUCAGUCGCUUUGUAACGCUUCCAUGUCUGGAAAGCUCACUCUUUUUUUUUUUUUCUUCUCCAAACAACAAUCAUGCACAUUGGCGUCAACCAGCCCGGCGGCACUCAGCUCUGGUACGAGGUCGAUGCCGAAGCGACCACCGUGGGCGCCUUCAAGGCUCUGAUCCACCGCGAGGAAGGUAUUCCUGCCGAGAUGCAGCACCUGUACUUCAAAGGCAGGCCACUGAACGACGAGCGCUCCCUCGCUUCGUACGAGAUUGAUGCCGACACCCCGCUCAACAUGCGCACGGCCCUCGUCGGUGCUGGCGGUCUCUGCGACGUCAACCUCAAGGAUUUCGAGCUCAAGGAGCGCUGCUGCUGCUGCUACUGCGGCAUUGACGCUCACUGGAACAUGUGCCAGUUCCUUUGCGUCCACGGCAAGUGCAACCUCGGCUAAGCAACGCGAGAUUACUUCCAAACAAACUCGAGCGCUCAGACUGGGGGGUUUUUUUUUGUUUUGUUUCAAGCGAAUAAACGAAUGGUGCAUUUGCAGCACUGCAAUGUCUAUGAUGCUUUCAUGUCCAAUCUGUAUUCAGGAUCCAAAGUUCCU